AUGCUACGAUCAAUUCCCCGUCGAACCCCCCGACGCCUGUCCACCCUCACAGCGACCGCUGGCGGUCCCUCUCGCCUCGCCCUGCGCCCAUUCACAAGCGGUUAUCUGCGGAUGUCGCCGUCAUCGCUCCCUCCCGUCCAGCCCCCCGUUUCUUCCGCGCUGCCCAGUGAUUCAUACCAGCUCUUAUCGACCGCCGAGAAAGCGGGAGACGCAGAGGAUUCACUCUAUGAACAACAGAUUAAGGAUGUCGAGGCGUGGUGGAGCUCUCCCCGCUAUGAGGGGAUCAAGCGGCCGUACUCCGCUGCCGAUGUUGUUAGCAAGCGCGGGUCGCUGCAGCAGACGUAUCCGAGCUCGUUGAUGGCGAGGAAGCUUUUCAAUCUUUUGAAUGAUAGAGCUGCGGAGAAUAAGCCAGUUCAUACGAUGGGCGCCAUUGACCCCGUGCAAAUGACACAGCAGGCUCCUAACCAGGAGGUCCUGUAUAUCUCAGGCUGGGCGUGCUCCUCGGUGCUGACGACGACCAACGAGGUUUCGCCGGAUUUCGGAGACUACCCCUACAACACGGUGCCGAAUCAGGUACAGAGAUUGUUCAAGGCGCAGCAGUUGCACGAUCGGAAGCACUGGGAUGCGCGGCGGAAGAUGACCCCGGAGCAGCGAAAGUCUACUCCCUACGUUGACUAUAUGCGACCGAUCAUUGCCGACGGUGACACGGGGCACGGUGGCUUGACAGCAGUCCUGAAGCUGGCUAAGCUCUUCGCCGAGAACGGUGCGGCGGCUGUCCACUUUGAGGACCAGAUGCACGGUGGAAAGAAGUGCGGCCAUCUGGCGGGUAAAGUCCUGGUGCCGAUGGGAGAGCACAUCAACCGACUCGUCGCGGCAAGGUUCCAGUGGGACUUAAUGGGUGUUGAGAAUCUCGUGAUUGCUCGGACGGACUCCGAGAGUGGCAAGCUGCUGAGCAGCGCUAUCGACGUUCGCGACCACGAAUUCAUCCUGGGAGUCACCGAAGAGUCGGAGCCCCUCGCAGAGACUCUCCAGGCCAUGGAGAGAGAGGGCGCUGCCCCCGCGGAGAUCGACGCCUUCGAACUGAACUGGGUCAAGAAGCAUAAGCUCGUGACAUUCGACGAGGCCGUCGACGCCCACCUCGAGGCCGAAGGCGCCCCUCUGACCGCACGCGACGCAUACAAGAAGCACGUCAAAGAGAACCCCGACCUAUCCAUCACCCGCCGCCGCGACCUAGCCAACGACUACACCAAGACCCCCGUCGUCUGGUCCUGCGACAUCCCCCGGACCCGCGAAGGCUUCUACCACUACCGCGCCGGCUUCCCCGCGGCAACCAAGCGCGCAAAGGAAUUCGGCCCCUACGCCGACCUCCUCUGGGUCGAAACCGGCGACCCCAACGUCGAGAAGGCCGCAAAGCUCGCCGCCGAAGUCCGAGCCACUCACCCCGGCAAGAAACUCGUCUACAACCUCAGCCCGUCCUUCAAUUGGAUGGGUCAGGGCUUCGACGAGGCAUCGCUCAAGUCCUUUAUUUGGGACCUUGCGCAGCAUGGGUUCGUCCUUCAACUCAUCUCCCUCGCUGGCCUGCACAGCGGCGCAACCAUCACAGCGGAACUCUCCCGCGCUUUCAAGGACGAGGGCAUGCUCGCUUAUGUCCGGCUCAUCCAGGCCCGCGAGAAGGAGCUCGGUGUUGAUGUCCUCACGCAUCAGAAAUGGAGUGGCGCGCCGUAUAUGGAUGGGAUCAUUGGUGCCAUCCAGAGUGGCAGCAGUAGCAGCAAGAGUAUGGGCGAGGGAAACACGGAGAAGGGUUUCUAA